AUGAACUGGGUCAGAGACUUUGAUGAAGCAGUACAGAGCAGAAUACACGUUGGUAUUAAGUACAGCCCCUUAGGCGUUGAUACGAGAAAAGCGAUCUGGAGGAGCUUUCUUGAGAAGGCAAAAACAGAGACAGGGAAUGCAGUGUACAGUGACAAGCAGUUGAACGUCCUGGCCAAGCAAAGCCUCAACGGUAGACAGGCAAGUAUUAAGAAUGCACUUCAUAAAGAAGAAGGGCGUCUUGAGGCCGAAGAGGAAGCAGCGGCAUCUCAAGAGCGUGAGGCUCACCUCUGCACUCAAGAAGCAUAUGCCUGUCACAUGCGUCUUCCCAAACAGCAGAAAGCUCUCAAAACCCGCGGUGUUGAGAUGCUGCGUCAUGGUCUGAAAUCCUUAGACGAGUUGGAGGAGCUGGAGGAGCGCGAGCGGCAUGAAGCUGAGGCUCGUUCCCUUCUCCUAACUGCCUCUGAGGCUACCUCCGAGGGCGAUGCUUCGAAGUGUAAUCUCUUCCCAUCUUUGCCUUCUGGAUUCUUCGACUGCUGGGAUGGCGAUGGUGAAAUGCCUCUAGCAGCUCUGGACAGCUAA